CGAACCUAAGACCUGAGGUGCAGACAUAAAUACUCUUAACUACUUGAGUUAUAAGUCCCUUUCUAUUCUUGAUGAUGAAACAAAACUCAACCCUUACUAUUAGUAUCAUUAGUCAGUAAGAUUGAACCAUUUUUGUUUGGUAGAAAUAUAAAUAACCAUGUAAUAAUAAAGCUAAACAAAACCAGAAAAGAAUAGAAAAGGAAGGACUAAAAGCCCUCAAGAGGGUCCCACUACUAAGUAGAUGCCCCAAAGGCCGCAAAAUGAACGCUUAUAUAAAUCCCCUUUCCCUUCCCACUACUACAGUCACCUCCUCUUGUGUUCUCACUCACUCACUCACUCACUCACACAAAGCAACCCGCGUUGGGCCCUUGAAACUUUCGAAACAUUUCUCUUUCCACCACCACAACCACCACCAUGGCUAGAUCCCACCAGCGGUAUCGCGGCGUCCGACAGAGACAUUGGGGUUCUUGGGUCUCCGAAAUUCGCCACCCUUUACUGAAGACUAGAAUUUGGUUAGGCACAUUCGAAACGGCGGAGGACGCAGCAAGAGCAUACGAUGAAGCAGCGAGGCUCAUGUGCGGCACAAAGGCACGUACCAAUUUCUCAUACAAUCCCGAUGAGACCAUGUCACAUUCAUCCAAGCUUCUCUCGGCAGCUUUGAUUGCAAAGCUCCACAAAUGCAACAUGGCUUCUCUUCAAAUGGCCAAAACUACUAAUAACAAGCCAGUUCCAAAGGAGGAGCCACAGCAACAAGUACACUACAUGCCAGCAGCCCCUUCUGCCACCUGCAUUAUCGAAACCGGAGACGUUUCGGGUUUCGAUUGGCCCGAGAAGAUCAGAGAGUACAGUGGAGUGCAGCAAUGGGUUGAACAGGGGAGCUGGGUUGGUGGUGGUGAUCAGGUACUCGAGAGUCCACAUGAUCAUCAGCAGCAUCAUCAGCAUCAGCAUCAGCAGGAGUUUAUUGAGAGACUUGAGGAUGAUCAUAUAGAGCAGAUGAUUGAGGAGCUGCUUGAUUAUGGUCACAUUGAGAUUUGUCCUGGUGUUUCAACAUAGGCAAGAGAAACUCAUCAAGUCAUCAGCAUCUUCUAAAACUUUUUUGUAUUAGCUAUAUAGCUAUUAGCCUUAUGUCUAAUAAAAUUUAGUUAGAUGAGUUUCAAUGGUUAACUAGUAUCCAUUUGCAAACUAUGCAGCUACAUAUAGCACACAAAUCUUAUGAGAAAUAGAACUUAUAGUGGUUUUUUUA